UAACAAGCACCCAAGAUGUUCGAUUUCAAGAAUAUCGUAAUUUUUACGUCGAUCCUCUGUUGGGGUUUCAACAGGCAAAGAAGAAGGGAUCGACACAGUUCCAGAAAUAACUGACAAUAAUUGUUAUGUAAAGGUACCGAUGUUUCAAGAGUCCUCAGUCCUCUACGAAGUGACACGCAGCCAAAUCCCAAACAACGAAAUGAAAUCUCAUCCUUGAGUCUCCACCGCGACAACUGCAUCAGCCAGCCGACAAGCAUGUUCUUGGAGUUUCGAGCAACCAGAAAGUCCCAUUGAAAUUUUGUCGAAGCUCGAGUCAUGACGCAAUCGAAACUUCCCAGUUUUCUCCUCACCACAUGGUUGCUCGGCACGAUUGCGACCAAGUCUAGGAUGAGCGAUUUCCUGCAAAACCUGCAGGAGUACGAGAUCGUUCACCCCAGAGUGAUCUCGAAUGAGAACGCGAGGGACAGAAGAUCUGCCCAGGAGCGCGAAACUUUCCACGACCAGGAGUCUAUAUUCCUCGAGAUCAGCAACUGGACUCUGAGAACCAUCGCGAACGAUCGACUGGUCCUGUCGUCGAAUUUCAACGUGAACUGGGUGCAAUCCGGCAAAACGAGGAAAGAAAGGUACGACGGGAAGAUGAACUGUGACCUGAGACAGGGCAGCUUGGAAGGUGAUGCAAAUUCCUUGGUCGUGGUUACGAUCUGCAGAGAGGAAGUGUACGCUCUGAUGCUGACGGAUCAGGGCUCGUUUUUCGUUCAGCCACUAACGGAUGGCCAACACGUGAUGUUCCAAUUGAAACAUGCCAGGUGGUGGUCGAACAGAGAGGAGCCGAAUAUCGUGUCCCUAAGCCCGGAAAAUCCUGCAGUUAAGAGAAAACGUAAAAGGUCGAAACGACGGAAACGUGACUCGGUAAACCACCACGUUCAAGAAUUUUACAAUCUCUCUGGUGACGUCUUUGACGUGGAAUAUCCAGAAGCAGAGAAACUGAUUCUGUACGAUGAAAAAGACGACUUGUCUACGGAGUAUAACGAUACUGUCGUGGAAGAAUUAUCAAUUGACGUGAAUUCUGAGGAAAUUGGAUAUUUUUCUGGUCCCAAAUGGCAGAGAAACAAAGUACCAAGAAAAAGGCCAGGAGGUAAAGAAUCACCGCCAAGGUGGCUGGAGCUUGGAAUAGCUGCUGACUAUUCAGUGAUAGAUUUCCAUGGCAGUCGAGUACAACAAUAUAUUUUGGCUCUCUUAAACAUCGUAAGCGCAAUCUAUAUGGAUCCAUCACUCAAGUCAAACAUGAAUCUAGUGAUCGUACGAAUGAUCUUAUAUGCGGAAAAAAGGGACGGAAUGGUUCGUCGUGGCGACGCCAGACGAUCCCUCGAAAACGUGAACAGAUGGAACAGGAAAAUGUUGUCCUCGUCGGACGUAAAUCACGAUGUUGCUGUAUGGCUGACGCGUUUGGAUAUAGGGGGACCUUCAGGAUACGCACCUGUAUCAGGUGUAUGCGAUCCUGCGAGAUCAUGUGCCUUAAAUCGCGACGAGGGCUUGACCAGUGCUUUCAUUAUAGCGCACGAAGUCGCGCACAUUCUAGGCCUGACUCACGACGGGGACGAGACGACCGGAAAUGCUUGCAAGGAAGAGGGAUCCCGCGGUAGCGUGAUGGCUCCCAUGGUGGCCGCGACGUUUCAUCACUUUUAUUGGUCCGCAUGCUCCAAGAAGGAGUUCCAUCGUAGAGUGAGACGGUGGUCUUGUUUGUUGAACAAGCCGAGGCACGAGAGCUUCACGCAACUGAAAGCCACCGCACGCGACACGUUCACGAUGGACGAGCAGUGUCGCAUGGAAUUCGGCGAGGGUUACGAACAUUGUAAAACUUUCGAUGUCAUGGAACCGUGCUCUCGUUUAUGGUGUGGUAACAGCAAUGUUUCUCAAACAUGCAAAACCAAAAAGGGACCACCUUUGGAGGGCACACUAUGCGGUAUUUCAAAGUGGUGUACAAAGGGUCGAUGUCAAUCGACGAACAGACGAAACUUCGAUUUUGGUAUAAUACUGAAUAAACCUAGAGAUGGAGGGUGGAGUGUGUGGAGUAUCUGGGAGAAGUGUUCGAGGACUUGCGGUGUUGGUGUACAGUGUCGAAGUCGAAGGUGUAACAAACCUGUGCCCGCCUACGGUGGAAAAUAUUGUUCAGGUCCCAGCGACGACUGCAGGCUAUGCGAUCUACCCAAGUGUUUAACCUCCAUCGAUCUCAGGGCUCAACAGUGUGCGAAACACGCCAAUAUUUUGUAUCGCGAAAGAGUUCAAUCCAGUAGAGACGUGACUUGGUUACCGUAUGUGUCCGACCAGGAGAACUUGAAAUGUCGAUUGGUCUGCAGAAACAAAGAGACAGGCGAGAUAUUUUACACCAAGAAGCAUUUGAUCGAUGGCACACCUUGCUCCUAUGGAUCCACGGAUAUAUGUAUACAGGGUGAGUGCCAUCGGAUGGGAUGCGACGAGGUGUUGGGGUCGAAGAAAGCGUUCGACGCGUGCGGGGUGUGCGACGGUGAUAAUUCGAGCUGCGAGAAUGUCAUCAGCAAGUUUCAACGGAAGCUACGACGAGAAGUGACACGCGUUGCCAUAAUACCGCGAGAGGCACACAAUUUGUUCAUGAACAUCACGAUAACCGCAUCUCCGGUUUUCCAUUUAGAUAAUUUGACGAUCGUGAUAGGAGACGGGAGACGAAGACGCAACGUGCAAGAUAAUUUAGCUUCUCGUAAGCGAGAUUUAACGAUCGUUCAAGGUGCUGCUUUUCGCGUUCAAACACGGAAUAAUAACACGUACUCCAUAGAAGCAGAUGGAACUACCUUCGAAGAUGUCGUGAUUUUGCUCGUGGUAUCAGAAAACACAAUAGAGCGUGGAAUCUCAACCACGGUUUCCUUGAAAUAUUUCCUAAAUCGCGAUGAAAGGAAUGUCAAGGAUAGAUACAUGUGGCUGUUCGGCGGUUGGAGCUUUUGUUCGGCCAGCUGCGGUGGUGGAACGCGUCAGAAGAUGAUAGUCUGCAAGGACGAGCAAACCGGAAGGAUAGUGUCGCGAAGAAAAUGCCCCCUGACAACGAAACCCAGUCAGGAGAUAAAGAAAUGCAACGUCUUCAGUUGUACUUUCAAAUGGCUACCAGGUCCGUGGGAAGCGUGUUCAACCACAUGUGGAAGAUUUGGUAUGCAAUUACGACAGCUGUACUGUGUUCAUUCGGGGUUCAGUGGGACAGAGGUGACGAGGAAUAACGAGUUGGAGGUAUAUCGAAAGAUGGUGCAGCCAACGAUAUGUCAAAUUAGCCAUAUGCCAACGAAUACCAGAGAAUGCAAUAGAGUGCCCUGUCCUGGACGUUGGAUCUUCACAGACUGGUCCUCGAGGAAUUAA